AUGAUUCAAAGAAGGGUAGUUGUGGAAAGGGAGUUGGGAAAAGAUGUUGUUGAAGUCAAUGAGGUCAUGGACCUGAUAAAGGCUACUGGGUUGUUGAAGACUGUGGUUGGGUUCUCUCAAUGCUAUGAGGGUGAAUUGGAAGCUACAGACAAUGAGGUUUGUAGAGAGAUUACAGCUAGGCAGGUGAAAGGUUGGCCUAUUAAAAAGCAUCUUCCUGCUAGGAAGUUGACUGUCAAUUAUGCUAUAUUGCAUAAAAUAGCAGCUGCAAAUUGGCAUGCAUCUACUAAUGCAGUUAAGUUGCCUAUUGCCUUUCCCUCUAUGAUUUGUGGGAUUAUCCUGAAUCAACACCCUGAUAUUUUGCGUUCUAAUGACUUACCUAGUAGAAGAAAACCUGCUCUGUCUGUGCACUAUAAACUGUUUGAAGGCUGUCAUGUCGAAGAUAUUGUCAUGACAUCUGCCAUGAAAAAGCCAGUCUUAAAAGUUGGAACAAUUGCUGAGCUUAAGGAGACUUGUAAAGAGAUGAGUGAAGGGAUAAGGGUAGCAACAACUAGGAAGCAAUCAUUGGAAGCCUUGAUUGCAAGCUUGGAGCAAGCUAAAGGUGAACAUAUUGAACAUGCUAAGGAAGCUGAAGCCCACACCUCUAGUGAGAGGUCUACAAACAAUGAUGAGACAAGUGGCAAUUCUGUUUCUGGUGCUGAUGAAGAUGCGAGCUCAAGCUCUACUGCUUAG